AUGGUUUCAACUCUCCCCUCGAACUGCCACCUGGUCGAUAUUGGCACUCACUCUCUGGCACUCUACACUCAUGGCCCAGAGCCCAGCAGCCCCGCAGAUCCCGUCGUACUGUUCAUCUCCGGUGUGGCAAGCGAUGCCCUCAACUGGCAGGCCGUAGUGCGGCUGCUGAGUCCCUCGAUACGAAGCUACACUUAUGAUCGUUCUGGCUAUCGCAACUCAGAGUGCUCACCUCUCACUCCCACGGCCGAGAACGUUGCCCUGGAGCUAUCUCUUUUGAUUGAAAAGGCGCCCAUCACGAACCCUCUGGUCAUCGUGGGGCACUCUGGGCCGGCGUGCUUUCGCACGAUGCUUGUGGACGCCAACCACGAGACAGCGCCACUGGUGAUGGACGUUAAUGAUCCAAUUCUCUGGACUGUUGCUGCAAGCGUUGAGGCAUACUCUGCCUGGGGUGUAGAGGCAGAGCACAAGCUAACGCAGGAGGAGUGGGACGCGUUCAAGGCUGCGGAAGCAACCGAUAAAUUUAAGCUGAUUGCGGACAAGGAGGAGCUCGAGAACUAUUUGCCGAGCUUUGAGGCGCUAAGGAAAAAAGAGCUGGGUAAGAGACAGCCGCUGCUUGGAGACAAACCUGUUUAUGUGAUUGGGGGCACUCGGAGCAAGGAUUGGAGUGGCUUGUACGAGGCUGGAGUUGCCAAGGGGAACGGGACCGAGGAGCAGAGAAAGCAUGUACAAGAGAUGAUCAGGACUGUAGAUGCAAAGAAUGAGGGUCUCAUGAAGGAGUUCUUGAAGCUCUCUACGAAAGGCGAGCUUGUCUUCGCCGCCAAGAGUGGGCACUUUGUCCAGAUGACCGAGCCAGAAAUUGUCGUGGAUGGAGUUAAAUGGGUCAUUUCGUCCUCUUAG